AGCUCCGUACUUGUGAGACGAGUCUGACAUUUCGGGAUCGAGCGAGUAAAACUUUAUUUAAACCUUAAAUUUAAUCUCAUGGAGUCAGAUUUUAAAACCAGGUUGUGUAAUUCAGAGAAAAUAGCAACAGACUCAGACAUGUAGACCAAACUACGUGUCGGAUCAGGUGACAGACAAACUAACAGUCAGAUCAACAGAAGAAUAUGGAAAUGUUUUUUGUAACUGCGUCGCUCUGCUCCACUUUGAUGUUUGUCUUCGUGUUUGUCUCUGUAGACCAGAGAAACAUCACAGCUGAGUCUGGACAGGAUGUCAGUCUGACAUGUCGAGCUCCAAACAACAACAUCAUAGUCUUAGAGUGGAGCAGAGCUGAAUAUGGAGCUAAUUAUGUUUUUUUGUACCGGGAUGGGCGUUUUGAUCCAGCCAACCAGCAUCCAUCUUUUAAGAAUCGGGUGGAUCUGCAGGACAGACAGAUGAAGGAUGGAGACGUGUCUGUGAUUCUGAAGGAUGUGACGAUUAAUGAUGCUGGAACAUACAAGUGUGGUGUCUUCAUGAGAGAAACACACUUAUGCAGCUCAGCAUCAUCCACCUUAUUGUUGUUCCAGACCAGAAAAUCAUCACAGCUGAGUCUGGACAGGACGUCACUCUGACAUGUCGAGCUCCAAACAACAACAUCUUAGUUAUAGAGUGGAGCAGAGCUGACCUGACAGAUAAAUAUGUGCUUUUGUAUCAGGAUGGUCAAUUUGUUCCAGACGACCAGCAUCCAUCUUUAAAGAACCGGGUGGAUCUGCAGGACAGACAGAUGAAGGAUGGAGACGUGUCUUUGAUUCUGAGGGAUGUGACGACUGCUGAUGAUGGAAUAUAUCAGUGUCGUGUUUUUAUAGAAGGAGCACGAACAUGGAAACUCGUCAGCAUCAUUAACCUGAAUGUUCCUCCAGGUCAGACAGGAGGACAAGAGAAGGAUGAAGACAACAAAGAUGGAGGAAAGGAGGACGGAUCUGUUUGGCUGAUAGUUGGUCUGAGUGUUUCUGCUGUGCUUCUUGUUAUUGCCGUUCUUGGUUUAUUGAUCUAUAGAAAAAAGCAUCAACCUUCAAAAGAGCAUCCUGCUGAUCAACACAGGAAACAGCCUCUUCAGACUUAAAACUGCAUGGACUUGUAACUAUCUCAUUCACCACAACAGCCCAUUAUCAAACAGAAACUGACAGUUCAGUUCUGUACAGUGAAAGCUUUAAAUGUUACCCUGAUACAUAACUAGCCAGCAUAAGGCUUUCUGAUUAAAGGUUAAAAGCAAAGUUGUCACUAAGUAAAUAGUUUAUAGUCUGAGCUUGGAAAGAAAAGAAAAGUAUCUGGACUUCUUUAAGUUUCUUGAAGACGUUUCACCUCUCAUUAAAAAAGGUUCAGUUCUAAAGAGAAAAUGGUGAAGAGACACCCACCCCCCCAUUUUCUUUCCAAGCUCCUUAGACUAGGAUGACCUGAGUGACUGAGAAGCUUUUUCAAGUAUUAACUUGGUGCCUUUGCCAACACCUUAGGGGGAAAUAAUGGUAAUAUGACUGAUUAUUAUGUGCACGAAGAAUAGACACUUUCUGUGCUAACAAUGUUCCCUGGCUUUAAUUCAAAAUCUGUUUAUUGUGAGCACCUACACAUUAAACAACUCAAACAUUAUAAAUGGCUUCAAGCUCACAUUGAGGCCUGUAUCAGCCACUGAGACAGUCAACAAAUUUAAUUUUCUUUUUUGUAUAUAUUGAAUAUUUUAUACUUUAAAACUACCUUUACAUUACAAUUAUAAUACAUUAUAAUUGUACCUAAUGACAUGACAGGUGAUAGAUUAACCUAGGACCUGGAGUCCACAUAGGUGGAUAUCACAUUUUGGGUUGUCUAGACCACAAUACUAAAUUUUGCUCUACAAGGGCCUGAUAUCCUCUUCUUGUAUGAGAAGACUUG